UCGUUGCUGCUUCUAGUAUUUCCCAACAAAAGUUCCGAACCGAAACGCAAGGCGGCACUCCGGUUGUUGACCCCGCCCCCGCCGUCGCCGCCGCCGGGUCUCCCUUCUCCUGCUCACAGCUGCUGACGCCCCAUCAGAGCACUGGCAGCAACCGCAUCAUGGAAGGGUCGAGGGAAGACGAUCCGAUAUGCGUCAGUGACAGCGAAGAAACAGUUCAAAUGGAAACCAAUGGGUUAUCUCUCAAGACUCAGGAAAUCGAGUCAAAAAGAAAGUGGGAGACAGCCGCAGACCUCAGCAGCCGCUUUUGCAGUAACCAACAUGAAAGUCCAUGGGAAGGUGGUACAGCGAAGCACAUCGCAUGCCAUUCGUCUGGGCACCAAGGUCACUCUUCGCAAGAGUGGCCUCGAUGGAAUGAUGGUUCGCUCACUACCACGCUAGGGGAAGUACUGACCCCCGACAAGUCUAGUCCAAUAUUCAGGGCAUGUAAAACAAAAAACUCAGGGAAGAGAUUCAAGAGAAGGAUAUGCUUUACAUGCCGUGAAGAAGGUCACUAUGACCGUCAGUGUCCUCAAAAGUUAAGAGCUAUAUCUGCCAACCUGUCAAAAGUAGUAGAAGAGUGGCCUCUAUGGAAUGAUGGUUCACUCACUACCUCACUAGGGAGGCAAAGCAGUAACCAACAUAAGAGUCCAUGGGAAGGCCGCACAACGGAGCACAUCGCAUGCCAUUCCUCUGGGUACCAAGGCCAAUAUUCGCAAGAUUGGCUUCUAUGGAAUUAUGGUUUGCUCACUACCUUGCUAGGGUGGCAAAAAGAUUUCCGCUUUUGCAGUAACCAACAUGAAAGUCCAUGGGAAGGCGGCAAAACAGAGCACAUCGCAUGCCAUUCCUCUGGGUACCAAGGCCACUAUUCUCAAGAGUGGCCUCCACGGAAUUAUGGUUCGCUCACUACCUCACUAGGGAGGCAAAAAGAUUUCCACUUUUGCAGUAGUCAACGUGAAGGUCCAUGGGAAGGCGGUAGAACAGAGCAUCAGGACAAAAUGAAUGGGAUAAUCACUUGUUUGGUUUGUGGCAAGGAAGGACAUUACAGUUGUGACUGCCCUUUCAAGGAUCAGGAGCACAAAGUCUUUUGCACACUCUGUAGCAAAAAUGGCCACUGUAGCAUGUGGUGUUGCCAGCAGAACAAGUCGGAGAGUCGCGCUUGCACCCGCUGUGGAGAGAUAGGGCAUACUGCUAGUACACAUGGUCUCGGUUGCUCAAGCUGUGACGAAUAUCAUCUGGAUGGAGAGUGCCGACUGAGCGAAGUUAAAUGCUUUGUUUGUGAAUGUCAGGAUCAUUAUCUUGCUCAGUGCCCCUUGAAUUUCCAAGGUGCUCUGCGGCUUGCACUAUCAAAACGAGGCAGCACAUCAUCUACACCUGCCAAGUGUUCCGCAAAAUCAGAAGAAAAAGUACUUAGAGCCGAUGGGUCUAGUCCAAUUUGCUUUACGUGCCGUGAAGAAGGUCACUUUGCCUUUCAGUGUCCUCAGAACAGCCCCAGCGUGUCCGAAGAAUUUGAAGAGAGCAGCACUAUAGCUACAGCCACCAACUUGUCCAAAGAAUUAGAAGGCCAGGACCCUGGUACUGCCAAACAAUCAUCAGAAACGAAGCCGAUAUUGUACGAUCAGUGUUGCCCCUCAAAAGCAAAAGUACUGACCUCCAACAAGUCUAGUCCAAUGGUUAGAACAUGUAAAACAAAAACAGAAGGGGAGAAAAGGAUGUGCUCUACAUGCCAUGAAGAAGGUCACUAUGCCCGUAUGUGUCCGCAGAAGUUCGGAGCUAUAUCUGGCAACACGUCAAAAGAAUUAGAAGAGAGCAGCACUAUAGCUACAUCCUCCAACAUGUCCAAAGUAUUGGAAGAACAGGACCCUGGUACUGCUAAACAGUCAUCAGAUAUGAAGUGGGUUCUUCGAUGUGUUAGCUGUGGUCAAGAAGGGCACAAGGCCAGGAGCUGUCCAACAGGAGUGUUUGUAUGCUCCUUAUGCAAUGAAGAAGGCCACAAAGCCAAGAAAUGCCCUCAGAAGCGCCAGAAGCGUUAAGACUGCCGCACCAAAAGCUAUCGGUUAAGCAAACAGUGAUACACACUAUACUGUCAUUAAAUUUUCAAUCACGCCAAGAAGCAGCUGGGAAAGAGAUGUUGACACUAAGAUACAACCAAGGAAGCUUGCACCAUCGCCGAGUCGCUGGUCGAUGGAAAGCAGGGACGAGUUGUCGCUGGAGGUCGCACAGGGGAGCCAAGGUUGGCUAGAGCAGACGCUCCUGGGCAACAGCCGGCAGAGCGUCGAUGACUGUCGCAACGAGCGGCAUUGAAGGCAAUGUCGGAGGUCCUCACUAAUGGUGUUGAGGCUCGGUCUCGGGUCUUUGUCCAUGAUAAUAGGCAUGCUAUACUCGAUGAACCUUUGGACUGCUAUGGAGGUGCAGGCCAUCCAUGGUGCCAUAUCGAUUCUGCAUGGCGUGCCGCGUGUGGGUCGGUUUCUUGAAAUUCCUAAUUGGCAGCCGAUUGUUCUGAGAUAGCACCAGUGCAUCUAGCUUUGGAGUUGUAAACUGUCCUGAGCUCAAUGGUUGAACUGGAUGUUUGACAAACUGUGAUGAAUAAUGUUCUUGCUAGCUGCACUGGAUGCUUGACAAGUUGUACAUAAUAAUUUUUUUCUAGCUUCAGACACUUCAAAUAAAGUUCUGUAGCAAUAUUUUUUUCUAGCUUCAGACACUUCAAAUCGGCACUGGAAGAUUGUAGCAAUAGACUCCAAAUAUAAAUAUAGCUUCUUUUUUCUACAGACAACAAUAAGGGCCUGUUCUGGAAUUCUCCUAGCUCCACCGAAUCCACGAUUUCAGCUUCUGGAGCGAGCUCCUCACUUCACCCAGCGAUCAAAAAACGUUCUGGAGAGACGCUGGCUUCUCCCUUCGCUGCAGCCUAGUUGGGAGGCAAAAAGCCCGUUAGGCUCCCCAUUGGGCUGGCUGGAGGCAAAGAUGUGCAACAAAAAUUCAGUUUCCAUUAACAGUACAGGGGCACCAAGUCUGACAUAGGAGCUCACCUUGUGGUUUGGGCGAGGGGGCUCGGCCUCCGGGCUGCUGCUCCUGGCUCCGGCAUCAAUGGCGACCUGCUGAGUUCGCCAUUGUCAAGGGCUCGCUGCUCCAACCUGGUGCCGGGACGUGCGCCGCUGAGCAGGGGAUCCGGCGGGAAAGAGGCCAGGGUGGGCGGAUCUGUACGCGCAGGAGGAGUUCUCCUCGCUCGGCAAAAAUGCACUACGGCCCAUCCCAGCUUCACUAUUUCAGCUUCUCGGAGCUAAUGUGUUCGGCUUCAUUUUUCACCUGGAGUUUGGGAAGCUCAGAGUGGGAGAGUUCCAGAACAGGUCCUAAAUAUCUUGUAAAGAAUAGUUGCUAAAGCUCAGAGUCAGGGACCGUCGGUAUGUUGA